UACUCGACAACUAUAUAGCAGCUUCGUGCAAUGGAAAAGCAAAAACAAGACCCUUCCUAUAAACUCUUUCUCACCAGUCCCCUUCCAGCCGCCGCCUCCUCCGCCACCACCGCCACCUGAAUUCCCACUUCCUCCAUAUCUGACUUUCCCAACAACAAAUUCAACUAACAACUGUAAAUAUUUUCACACGAAUAAAAAUAGUUCAUUUUUUCAACAUUGUAACAGCUUGUACUACAUGAACAACAACAAACCAUGGGCAAUCUCUGCACUUGUUUCGCGCCCAAAAAACCUGUAAAAAAGAGAAAACCUACUAAGCGUGUACCCGGAAAUAACCCGCAAACUUUGCCCAAUUCAAGUAAUCGGUGGACCCGGAUCCGAUCACAACGUAAAGACAGUACCGAUUCCUUAAUUCAAGAACAAGCUUUAGCUGCUGCUAUUCUUUUCAGUCAACACCAGAGUCAAAACGGGUCGGGUUCAUUACCCUUUGAUCGGUCCGCUUCUUUGCGUUACCCGAAUAAUAUUUCCGGGUCAAAGAAAAGCCAGUUGCCUCGGAGCUCCAGUUCUAGAGCCCGCUCACUCACUGACCCGUUGUUGCAGCCUCACCAGCUUGUUAAUCAGGAUAUCAAGCUUGAUGAUCUUGAGACGAAUCAUUUCAUCCUUGUCCAUGGAGGAGGCUUUGGCGCCUGGUGUUGGUACAAAACAAUAGCACUUCUAGAAGAGGGUGGUUUUAAAGUUACUGCCAUAGAUUUAACUGGCUCGGGGAUUCAUUCUUUUGAUUCCAAUGCCAUUACCAGCCUUUCUCAAUAUGUGAAACCCCUUACUGAUUUUCUUGAGAAACUUCCAGAUGGAGAGAAGGUGAUUUUGGUCGGGCAUGAUUUUGGUGGUGCUUGCAUAUCCUAUGCAAUGGAGUUGUUUCCUUAUAAAAUUUCAAAGGCUGUUUAUGUUGCUGCAACAAUGCUGACUAAUGGACAAAGCACUCUUGAUAUGUUCUCACAACAGGCAAAUUCAAAUGGUCUGAUGCAACAGGCUCAGGUUUUUGUGUAUGCAAAUGGAAAUGGUCAUCCUCCCACUGCUAUUGAGCUGGACAAGGCACUUUUAAGAGAGUUGCUAUUCAACCAGAGCCCUGGCAAGGAUGUUGCAUUAGCAUCUGUUUCAAUGAGACCGGUUCCCUUCGCACCAGUUUUGGAGAAGCUCUCUCUUUCAGGCACAAAAUACGGAACAGUUAGAAGGUUUUAUAUAGAAACUCCGGAAGAUAAUUGCGUACCAAUCACAAUACAGGAAAGCAUGAUCAACUCGAGCCCUCCUGAAAAAGUUUUCCGAUUAAAAGGCGCUGAUCAUUCACCUUUUUUCUCAAAGCCUCAAGCACUUCACAAGAUAUUGGUAGAGAUUUCAAAGUUGCCUUUGACUUGCUAAUUCGGUAAUCAAACUAUCUCAUGCUGUCCACAUUGAGCUUCAUUGACAUGUUAUAAAUUAAAAUCAUUACCUCCACUGGAUUUUGUUCUCUGACAUUCAUUAGAAGAGGGUAUUUGUGUGCUUGUGUAAAUGCAUAUCAUAGGAAAAGCCGCUUUUUUUUAGAGCAAAGAAGACGGGAUGUUCGUUGUUUCAUUUUUCGCUCCGAUAAAAAAGUUAUUUUUCCUUUUGAUUAUUUGUAGCUAAGCUGUAGCUAUAAUCUGGAAAAGGAAAAAACUAGGAGUCGAGUGUAACCGAGGCUAUUUUUCUUGGAUUUUUCGUUGUUCGAUUGUCGAUGGAGAUGUGAAUGCAGCAUCAGAUUUCUUGGAAAUAUUUAAUUUUCUA